GUAUGGCGGCUUGGCUCCCUCUCUAACCCCUGAGAAUCCGGGCCCCUGAUUAUAUGUAGAGAGAGCAAGAGAGCAAGAGAGAGAUAGAACAGAAUGGCAUCCGUUCCUUAGUAGGCUACGUACGUGUAGUCGAUACAGCUUCAUUCUGCCCUUCUUCCCUGAGUUACAUGCAUAUUCCACAACAUAUUAAAAUGAGGGAACUUUCUCAGGCUGUUCAAAGCCAUCCUUCCAUUGAUACAGUUCACCACCUAUUUAGAACCUUACAUAUGCGCAAAUGGAAGCAGUAACAUAUGCCAAUUAUUUAUCUGAGGAUUUUAAAAGAGUUAUAUGGUCUUAUGAGUGCUCAGUUGAGAGAGGAAUUGGUGCCCACCUUAUUUGGACUUUUAAUAGUCUAGCCCAACAAAUCAUUUAAAGAGAUAUCCAUGCUAUUAGGUGUGGAAAAGGGGUAAAACAUCUAGAUGUUUUGGGCAGCCUUUGGCUUUGAUAGGAGGACUGGUCUUCUACCUUUGGAUGGUGAUCCUGAAUCAGCCCAUGGAGGUGUUACAGCUUGGGUUAUUCAUGGUGUUUAUGAGACUUUUCUUCCAGAGUUUCUUCACAAUGGUGAUAUCUUUAUGCAUGGUGGUGCCUCAGUGCACAGGGCUUAUAUUAUCAGGGAUUUGCUUGCUGAAAUGGGCGUUGAGGUUAUGGAAUGGCCACCAUAUUCUCCAGAUCUUAAUCCAAUUGAGAAUUUUUGGGCAUUGAUGAAAGCAAAAAUCUAUGAGAAAUAUACUGAAUUGGAAAGAGCACUAGAUACAGAGGAGACUCUCAAAGCUCUUAUUGAGGCAGCUAAGGAGGCAUGGCAUGCUAUUGAUCAAAGAGUGUUGGAAAAUCUAUUCUUGUCUAUGCCUCACCGUGCACAGGCAAUCCUGGCUGCGGAUGGAUGGUAUACUGGUUACUAGUGAUCAGCAUCAUGUAUUUCUUAUCAGGAAAAAAUAUUACUAGCGUGUUUU